CAGCAGGGAGUCUGCUUGUCCCUCUCCCUCUGCCCCUCCCCCUGCUCAUGCACUCUAAUAAAUAAAAUCUAAAAGACAAAAAAAAAAAACCCAAAAACCAGUUACAGUGGAAAUAGAAAGAAAAGCAUUCUUAAUACGCCCAUGAUCAGCAGGUGGUCAAAAUAAUUCUGAAGUUACUAAAAGAACAGGGAGCUUACUUAGAUGAGUUCUUCUAAGGUUACGAAGCAAUGUAGAGCACAGAUCUCUUUAUUACCUAGUUUAGUGUUCUCUGUACUAGGUUAGGUUUUAUCAUUUCCACAUUAGUUCCUGUACAACAAUGAAAUCAAUUCAAUGCUUUUGAAAACUACCAGUAAGAACUACUACAAGGCCGGCCGCAAAGCGGUGGGCGGAGCCAAGAUGGCUGAGGAGAGACUCAUGACGAGAACUCCGUUUCCUGCAUCUGCUGAAUCUCAGAAACCCCUGCUGAAAAAAGAGGUACAGUUUCCGAUUUUGGAGAAGCAGAACUGGUUGAUACAUCUCCACUAUAUCCAGAAGGAUUAUGAGGUAUGCAAGGCUAUUAUCAAGGAGCAGCCGGAGACUCCGGGCUUAUGUGAAUAUACUAUCUAUGUCCAAGCAUUAAUAUUUCGCCUGGAAGGAAAUAUCCAAGAAUCCCUAGAACUCUUUCAGACGUGUGCUGUUCUCAGCCCUUGGUGUGCUGAUAACCUCAAGCAGGUGGCCAGAUCUUUAUUUCUUUUGGGAAAACAUAAAGCUGCCAUUGAAGUAUAUAAUGAAGCAGCUAAACUUAACCAGAAAGAUUGGGAGAUCUGUCACAACUUGGGAGUCUGCUACAUUUAUCUGAAACAGUUCAGUAAGGCACAAGACCAGCUGCACAAUGUCCUCCAUCUUAACAGGCAUGAUUUGACUUACAUAAUGCUAGGGAAGAUCCACUUGCUGGAGAGAGACUUGGACAAGGCCAUCGAAAUCUACAAGAAAGCAGUGGAGUUCUCGCCAGAAAAUAUGGAACUUCUUACAACUUUAGGACUACUCUACUUACAGCUCGGUAUUUACCAGAAGGCAUUUGAACACCUUGGAAAUGCACUGACUUACGACCCUAUCAUCUACAAGGCCAUCUUGGCAGCAGGCAGCAUGAUGCAGACCCAUGGGGACUUUGAUGUUGCCCUCACCAAAUACAGAGUUGUAGCUUGUGCUGUUCCAGAAAGUCCUCCGCUCUGGAGUAACAUUGGAAUGUGUUUCUUCGGGAAGAAAUACAUGGCAGCUAUCAACUGCCUGAAGCAAGCCAACUACUUGGCUCCCUUCGAUUGCAAGAUUCUGUGUAAUUCGGGCCUUGUCCACCUGACCAUGCAGCAAUAUGCGUUGGCUUUCCAUUCCCUCAACGCAGCCAUCAACCUCCGCCAAAGAUGGGGGGGGCUCUACAUGCUCUUGGCUGUGGCCCUGACCAAUCUGGAAGAUCCAGAGAACGCCAAGAGAGCCUACACAGAAGUCGCCCGCCUGGACAGGGUAGAGAUGGCCCGGAAACUGGGAGCUGCCCGCCAGGUCGGGGAGGCACUGGUCUGGACGAAACCAGUUAAAGAUGCCAAGUCAAAGCACCGGACCACUUCAACAAGCAAAGCUGCCGGUGUCCAGCAGCCUCUGGGCUCUAAUCAAGCUCUGGGACAGGCGAGGUCUUCAGCAGCUGCACACAGGAAGCUCCCCUCAGGUGCUGGAGGGACAUCCCAGCUCACAAAGCCACCAUCUCUGCCUCUGGAGCCAGAGCCCACUGCGGAAGCACACCCAGCUGAAGCAUCAGCACAAAUAAGAGAAAAACAGGAGUAGGAUGACCCCGGAGUCGGGGUUUCUUUGGUGAGGAUGUAGCAGGUUAGGAAAGGUCAUGUGACACAGGCAGCAAGGUGGCCAGUGUGUUCCCUGGGCACCAGGGGACGCAUAAGUGUUAUGAUGAUUGCAAGGAGCCUACCGUUAGCCCCGUCAGCCCAGAGAUAGGAGAGAGCCCAGACAGGUCCUUUAAGAAUUAAGUGCAAGGCUCAUGGCUCUGUGUUUGUAGCUCCAAGAGCCAGCAGGGCACAUGAUGCUGUUUGCUUUUGAAAUGACUUUGACCUCCUGGAUGACUGACCCCUUCCUUUGUGGAAGGAAAGUCUGAGGCCGACCUCUGCUCAGGAGCCCUGUUAUGGUGAAGCCUUGGCUUAGCUGAGGUGAUCCUCAGGCUGUGGGGCUUGUCAGCCCCGAAGGUAAACACAGAUCUUGGAUUAGUAAUCUGGCUCUAACAGUCUAAAUUUAAGGGGAAAAAAUGAUGAAAAAAACCUCUAUAAAUCGAGGCCCAGCCUGUUGGAUAUUCCAGCUGCACCUGUCCAAGGGAAUCCCAAACAAGUCCCUCUGUCUUGUUCUUGAGAGACAUCAGAGCGUAUGUACAGCCAGAUCAUGUCAGUAAUGAUAAGAAGUAGGAGUGAAGGGCUGAGCUGGUAUCAGCACCAAGGAUGAAAAGGAAAAAAAGAGCUUCUUAAUUUUUACUUGAAACAAUCAAUGAUACCCCUGGUCAGAUGCUAUCAGUACAUCAUCUAUAUGUCCUUUUGGAAUAAAGAUUAUGUAUCAUCCCUUCGGGGAAAGUUGUUAGGUGUAAAAAG